AUGCCUGCGUUUUUGGCCAAGAAGCACCCUGGCAAGCGACUAAUAAUGAUGCGCCACGCGGACAGUGAGGAGCGGUUGCAGAAUGUGCGCGACCACGACCGACCCAUCACAGAGGCCGGCAGAGCAUGCGCAAUGGAAGUGGCGCAGAAGCUGGCAGAGAGGGGUUGGCUACCGGACCUCAUCAUGAGCAGCGACUCAUCGCGCACGCGCCAGACGCUGUCUACGAUGGCGGCCGCGGUGGCGGCCUUUGGAGAGGCGGUGACUCACUUUCGUGGCAGCCUCUACACCGUGGCCGCGCUAGAUGGGCAGCUGCGGCAGCACCUGCAGGGGCUAGUGGUGGAGGAGGUGAAGAAGACAGGCGGCGAUGUGGCAUGCGUGCUCUGCCUUGGGCACAACAAGGGAAUGGAGGAGGCCGCCUCCUCUCUCACUGGUAAGACGAUAAGAUUGGAGACAGCCAAUGCAGCACUGCUGGAAAGAGCGGCUGCAUCUUGGGAGGAGGCAUUGUGCGAUGAGCCUUCAUGGACACUUGUAGAGCUGUUGCAACCAGAUACAUGCGUGGCGGGCUGAUUGCUCGUCAGGCUGUGCUAUUUUCUAUGUUCUUUAUUGAUGUGUUCGCAAUACAGUGGGGCUGACAAGAAUGACUAUAGUGCCACACUGGCGGUGAAGCUCUGUCUGGGGGCUUUCAAGAAGUGGAUUGUGAGGUUGAAUGAGCCUGGGCAAGUACGGCAAUAGCAUGUCAAUCAUGCACAUCAUUCAAGAUGAUAACACAAUACAUGUUGUCAAUCGCAC